AUGCCCAAAGACCGGCAAACAUGCACUGAAUGCUCUAUGCGCCGCCAGAAAUGCGAUCGCAACGUCCCAUGCGGCCGCUGCGUGAAGCGGGGCAACCCUGAGAAGUGUUCAAUCUCUUGGGGUCCAGACGGGUAUGACCCAAAGCGCCAUCGUGUCUACCCUCGCACGGAGCCAACACCAGCCCAGGAUGGUGCACCCGUGGGAUCGCCAACAGUCAGUGACUCCAGUGUACUCAUGCACCAGCAGGAGAAGACUCCUACAUCUGCCUCUAUUGCCUCAGGACCUACUUCCCAGACCCUGGGCGCCACACCUGCCACUUCUUACUCGCGGCCGGACCCAAAACCGACUUCGAAUGCGUCUCUGGACUUCCCUGGCUGGGGGCAAACCACUCAUUCCGAUUAUUCUGGUUUCGUCAAUUCCGUACGGGUCGCCGCCGGGGAUCCACGGUCCCAAUAUGGCAUGGUUGAUCCCAUUCAUGCCGCCGACGAUGCCAGCAUGAGCAACUGCUUCGGAGGCACUGCACCCGCACAAAUCUCCUUCCUUCAGCUCCUACUCCCCAGCAAGCGCCAAGUGUUUCAGUUGUGUGAAUAUCAUAUCGACCAAAUCCUCUGGUACCAUAACUGCUUCGAUGGAUCCACCUUUCACGCCGAGCUCGUGGCAGCCUCUUCUACACCGCAAGGGCUGCAAAUCCAAAACAUGGAUCUCCAGUGGGCUGCACUUCUCUUUUCCAUCCUCUCUGCCAGCAUGGUGGGUGUCAGCGACAGCAUUGCUCUUAGCUGGGGCUUCCAGAAGGAGGAACGACACAAGCUAACCCGACAGUGGUUCAGGAGCUGUCUGACUUGCCUCAAUCUUGCCGACUACCUGCGUUUGCAUCACGUAUACAGCGUGCAGGCCAUCGCAAUCUUGACGCAAUCGUCGCACAUCCUAGGCUAUAGCAAUACUCAAAAUGGCAUGCUGGGUGCCGCUCUCAAAGUUGCUCAAGGGCUAGGUUUACAGCGGCUAGGCCUCGAUGACGAUGAAGUGAAUAUCACCAGCAGCACGGGUGUUCUCAUAGUGCCCGCCCAGCGCCAGAAGAUCGUUCAACGCGAAUUGGGCCGCAGACUUUGGGCGCAACUGUGUAUACAAGACUGGUUCCAGAUUCCCUUCUCGGAAAUGUACUCCAUCAACAGACUGCACUUCUCUUCACUGAAGCCCAGUAAUCUGGACGAUGUCUCGCUACAGGUUCUUUCUGACGAAAUGCCCACAAAGACCGGCUUUGGGAACUUUCUAUACGAAAUCGCGAAGCUGAUGCCACAGAUGCACGAUGCCAUCUUGAGCGCCAACACCCUCUACACGCGUUACGAGCAUGUGUUGGAGUGGGAUAAAAAGAUGCGUCACCUUGUGUUGGAGGCGUCCCCCAAGUGGUUGAAUUCAAUGGAACCUUGGGAGCCUCACUGGCCGGUAUGGGUAUCCUGGGCGCGGCGAAGCACCAACUUGUGCUUCCACCACAAGAUCAUCAUGGUUCAUCGACCCUUUCUUGGCCGCAGCUUUACCGAGCCGACAUUCGCAUUCAGCCGUCGCGCGUGCCUGACAGCCAGCAAGAUGAUCCUCAAAGAAGCCAAGCACGCGUAUGAUGAGGAGGGGCCCAACUUAUGGAUUGAUCAGGCCUUCAUGGUCGCCGCCGGCAUCACGUUGGCGUUGGACACUUUCCAUCGGCGCGAGCAUGAACCAGAGCUGGAAGAGCAUAAACGUCUGGUAGAGAACACCAUCAGUAUGUUGGGGAAAUAUGACGAUAGUAUGAUCGGUCUGCGAGGAUGCAGGUUGCUUGUGUCACUGCUGGCCGAGCAAGCAAAAGUGUGCGCAAACAACCAGUUGGAGAACUGGCGGAAACACGCUCUGGAAGGUGGUGAGACGGGCCCAGAGAAGAGGCAAAAGUUCGAUGUGCCCAAAUUUGUGGAGCAGUUUGUCGGAGGUAGCUCCUUUACAGGCUCGCUGAAAGAGAAUGGAAAGCCCCCUACGCCCGCACCGGUGGCCCAGAAGGGUGUACAGCCUGACAUCAAUGCGGCACUUGGCGACAGCGAGCCUAUUGACGAUGGAGGAUACUCCUAUGAGCGAUUCGAACAACUUUUCCCGCCACAAGCUGGCAUCAGCAACAGUUUUCUCUUUGAAGAUUUACUGAAUUUCGACAUAACCUAG